GUAGAAAACUUUAACGAAAAAUAAUCAACAAUAAUUUUAAUUUUUGGUACUGUCAGUGUUUGAAACCCCAGUGUGUAACACCAAUAAAACUCUCUCCUCCAUUCCCUGCAUGAUGGGCAACUCUAUGAUGGCCAUAAUGAGCAGGAUGAUGAGCAUGCCCUAUUCUUUUUACAACAGCGUUGAAUCCAGAAUGUGGAUCGGCAGUAUAUUCUACCAGCCUUGUAGUACCAUCAGCUUCUUUCAGGGUGUAUGCACCUUUCACAUGAUUUCCAUCUCUAUGUUCCCAUUGGGAUUUAACGUCAUGGGUGUGAGGAUCAUGAACGCCGUAACUGAAUUUAUAAUGUGCAGGAGAUGGGCCAAUUCUGCCAUCUCAACAACAACAAUCAUGAACUCUUUUGUAAUAGCUUUUUUAGUUUUUGUGGCAGUAAUUUCUGCGCUACCUCAUCAUGAACAUCACGCCCCAACACAUUACAAAUUUGAAUACGGAGUACAUGAUCCCCAUACUCAUGAUGUGAAAUCUCAAUGGGAACAUAGAGAUGGAGACAAUGUGAAAGGCGCCUAUACUUUAAAAGAAGCUGAUGGUACUACUAGAUUGGUGGAAUAUACUGCUGGGCCUCAUACUGGAUUCAAUGCUGUUGUGAAAAGAAUAGGACAUGCUCAUCAUCCAGCUCAUUAUGGUCAUCAUGGCGGUGCCCAUCACGGAGGACAUGGGGGAGAUAGUUUCGUUGGUGUAACCCAUUGGGGUUUCCAUUAUUGA